UUCAGGACUUUAGACACUCCAAAGUCCUUAAGUUCACACGCUACAAUUCAUAUUCAUCCCCAGUGACAAAAGGUGUCUUUCUCUCGCAUUAAUUUGAAUCCGAAUUCUCUUCCAUUCAUAUUCAUCAAACCAACUCAUCCACUCAUCAUGGCUUCCCUCACAGUUACAAAUCGAUUCACGUAUGAUGUUUUUCUCAACUUCAGAGGCGAAGAUACUCGCCAUGGUUUCACAAGCUAUCUCAAGAAAGCUCUUGAUGACAAAGGAAUUCGAACUUUCAUGGAUGACAAGGAGCUUAGAAAAGGUGAAGAAAUCACACCAUCACUUCUCAAAGCAAUUGAAGACUCCAUGAUGGCCAUUGUUGUCCUCUCUAAGAAUUAUGCUUCCUCCUCCUUUUGCUUACAAGAACUUUCAAAGAUACUUGAUUCCAUAAAAGGUAACGGUAGGUGUGUUUUGCCGGUAUUUUAUAAGGUGGAUCCUUCUGAUAUACGAAAGUUGAAAAGGAGUUAUGGUGAAGCAAUGCAAAAACAUGAUGAAGCCAACUCCUCACGUCAUGACAUGAAUAAAUGGAAAAUGUCACUUCGCCAAGUUGCUAGUUUGUCCGGCUAUCAUUACAAAGGGGAUAUGCCUGAGCAUAAGUUUAUUGAGGAGAUUAUUAAACAAGUCUUAGAAAAUAUAAAACCUGUUGCCUUACCUAUUUGUGAUUACCCAGUUGGACUGGAGCACCAAAAGCAACAUGUGACUUCUCUUUUGAAUGUUAGGUCUGAUCAUACAGUCCACAUGGUAGGGAUCCAUGGGAUUGGUGGAAUAGGAAAAACAACUCUUGCUUUAGCCGUUUAUAAUUUGAUUUCCCAUCAGUUUGAAGUUUCAUGUUUUAUUGAAAAUGUGAGAGAAAAUUCUAAGAAACAUGGGUUGACAUAUCUCCAAAAAAUCAUUAUUUCUAAAGUAGUUGAC